AUUUGAAUAGCAUUUAGUAAAAGUUAUUGGAAACUACUUUCACAACUAAUUUAUUCUAAAUCUGCGAUCAAUAAUGUUUGUGAAGGCAAUUGUUUUAAUUGUAUGUUUAGGAGUUGCAAACUCUUUAAAUAAUGGUUUAGCAAAGACACCACCAAUGGGUUGGUUAUCGUGGGAACGGUUUGCUUGUAAUAUCGAUUGCGUUAAUUACCCAAAUGAAUGCAUAAAUGAACAGUUAUAUAAGGAUAUGGCCGAUAGGAUGGCAGCCGAUGGCUAUAAAGAUGCCGGUUAUAAGUAUGUGAAUGUCGACGACUGUUGGUCUGAGAUGGCCAGAGACGCGACCACUAAAAGACUAGUAGCCGAUCACAAGAGAUUUCCCAGUGGUAUGAAAGCGUUGGGAGACUAUAUCCACUCCAAAGGUUUAUUAUUCGGUAUUUAUGGAGACGUGGGCUCAAAGACAUGCGGCGGAUAUCCCGGGCAGAGGGAUGUCGAUGGAAGUGAUUACGACAGUUUGGACGCUAACACAUACGCCGAAUGGGGGGUCGACUCACUGAAACUGGACGGUUGUAACGCUGAUACUAAAAACUACACAAACAUGUAUCCAGAAAUGUCUCGAGCCUUGAACUCUAGCGGUCGUGGUAUAGUGUAUGCGUGCAGUUGGCCGGCCUAUCAGAUCGACCAAAACCCCGACUAUCAGAGAAUAGCCGAGUUCUGCAACUAUUGGCGUAACUUUGACGACAUAAUGGACUCGUGGUCUAGCGUUACCUCUAUUAUCGACUUUUAUGCCAAAUAUCAAAACGUUUUGGUUAAAUAUCACGGUCCUGGUUCUUGGAAUGAUCCGGAUAUGUUGAUCAUCGGAAACUAUGGCUUGAGUUUAGAGCAAAGUAAAGCGCAGAUGGCUUUGUGGGCCAUUUGGUCCGCACCUCUUCUUAUGUCCAAUGAUUUGAGACAAAUCGGAAAGGAAUACAAAGAUAUUUUGCAAAAUAAGGAUAUAAUUGCUGUAAAUCAGGACAAACUGGGAAUCUUAGGAUUAAGAGUGUAUUCAAAAAACGGAAUUGAAGUGUGGGUUAAACCGAUGACACCAAUUGUGAACGGAGUCCAUACCUAUGCUAUCGUUUACUUCAACAGAAAAGUUUUGGGAACACCUCUUAUUGUAUCGUUGAAAUUAUCAUCACUUAUACCAAACAUAUCGACUGAACCACUAUAUCAUGUCCACGAUCUCUACGAUAACGCGAAACUAAUUGCAAAGUUGUCCAGCGGUGACAACCUUUCACUUAAAGUCAAUACCUCUGGAAUUGCAAUGUCUGAGAGCCAGAUGUCGAGUCACUUGGCGUACCAAUGCGUCAACGUUUACGCCACUUCUGCCACAUCCGAGAACCUGAGUCGACAUGAAAUGCUUAAUUGGGUUAACGAUUGUCUCGAAUCCAACUAUAAGAAGAUUGAAGAACUUUGUUCCGGUGCCGCUUAUUGUAAUUUCAUGGAUAUGUUGUUUCCCGGAGUUAUUAUCUUAAAGAAAGUGAAAUUCCGGACCAAUUUAGAGCACGAAUACAUUCAGAACUUUAAACUACUUCAGGCGGCCUUUAAGAAAGUCGGCUGCGAUAAGGAAGUGGCGAUCAAUCGUCUGGUGAAGGGACGCUUUCAGGACAACUUUGAGUUCCUUCAAUGGUUUAAGAAGUUCUUUGACUCCAAUUAUGACGGAAGAGAAUACAACGCAAUGGAGGCGAGGGGUGCGGUAACUAUGGGUGCGGGUAAUGGCGGCCCCAUUGGAACCGGUUCUGCAAAUACUCUCAACUCACGAGUGCCGGCCCAGAGAAAUGUUGCGCCCACUGCCCGACCCGUAGGCCGAGCGGCGCCCACUAACCGCGUGGCACCACUCAAAGCCGCGGCCGCUAAUCGUCGGAUUCAGGCGUCCAACAACUCUCACGGCGGCGAUCAUACGGACAACUCAUUGGAUUUGCAUAAGUUAGAGGAAAUGGACUCAAGGAUGAAUGAAAUGAAGGUAACGAUCGACAGCUUAGAGCGCGAGAGAGACUUCUAUUACGGAAAGUUGCGUGAAAUCGAAGUCUUGUGUCAAAACAAUGAUCCGAACGAUGAGAAGAAUCUCAUCACUGAUAAGAUUCUGGAGAUUCUAUACGCGACUGAAGAGGGGUUCGCAGUGCCGGACGAGAGUCCCGAUGAGAACCAAAUACUCAACGACACAACAAAUGAAGAAUAUUAGAGACACCUCUUUGUCCUCUAUUUGAAUAAUUUCUUACUAUUUUAAUAAUCCGUAAAAUCAUUAAACGGAUCGGUCUUUAGGUUUUGAUUAAUAACUAAUAGCUUUUAUUCUAUUCUUUUUUAUCACAAUUUAUAAAUGAGUUAUAAAACAGUUUGCAAUCAAAUCGUUGCUAUCUUUUCCAUUAAAAUGCUUUUCGGAUAUUUAUAUAUCUUUUAAAACAAAUAACUGAUUGUUAAUUAUUUAAUGAAAUGUUUGAUUCGAUAACAAAGUGCACAAAACAUUGAUUUAACGAUUUGGUCGCAAAACUCUAUUCUAUUGAUGAAUGGAUGGAGUGUUCGUCGGAUCAGUUGAAUGGCCGCUCUUUUCCUGUCCUGUUGGCAGAGACUGUAUGCCAUAAAUAUACCACAUUUGGCCAUCAGAUUCGGGUCACCCGUAAUACUGGCCAAUAGUAGUUGCGAUCGCGAUAUCUGUCCCGCUUUUAUAGCCUUUGUAUUUGUCAUUAUUUAUGUAACAAAUGAUUUAUUUAAUAAAAUGUGUUUUAAAUCAA